AUGAUAAAAGCUGGAUUUAAAACAUUAUCAGCCAAAGCAGCCGCCCAACUCGAUGCCGAAUUGAUGUCAACCGGAGCAUUCUCCAUCGAUCAAUUAAUGGAACUCGCCGGUCUCGCAGUUGCAAAAGCCAUCUAUCACCAAUAUCCCCCACCCCCACAACAGCAACCACCUUCCAAAGUAUUAGUCCUCGUUGGUCCUGGGAACAAUGGUGGGGACGGAUUGGUCGCCGCCAGACACUUGAAGAUAUGGGGAGCAUAUGAUCCUAUAUUAUAUUAUCCCAAGAAAUCUCCCAAUAAUCAAUUAUAUUCAAACCUAAUUAAACAACUACAAGAUUUGGAAGUGGGCGAAUUGGCGUCAUUGGAUGAAGUUAUUGCAUUACUUGAAUCGAAAUCUGGGGUGGGUUUGAUUGUGGAUUCAUUGUUUGGAUUUUCGUUCAGACCGCCGAUUAGAGGAGAAUUCCGCGAUUUGAUAAGUUAUUUAAGUAUAAAUCACAAUAAGAUUGCUCCGGUUGUUUCGGUGGAUAUCCCAUCUGGAUGGGAUGUGGAUGAAGGUCCCACGGAUGUUGACAUAAAUGCGUCAAUGUUGAUAAGUUUAACUGCACCAAAACCAUGUGCGGCAAGAUUUGUGGAGAGUGGACCGGGGAAGGUACAUUAUUUGGGUGGAAGGUUUAUAAAUCAUGAAAUUGCUAAGAAGUAUGAUAUUAUGGAUAUUAUUCAAACUUAUAAAAAUGACGAUCUAAUUGUUAAAUUAUAA